UUAUUGUAUACUUACCUUAAUUAUGCAUUCAUACUACUAAUCUACUACUUACCUUAAUACUUACCAUAAUCUAUUACACUAUUGAACGAAAAGUUGAAGAUGAUUAUAUUUACCCCUUUUUUAUACAUAUGAACAUUACCACUAGUUUAAGCCGUUAGUUUAAGAUUUAGGCUAAGCAACUAAAUGAACUUAAAUAAAGAAGCAAUUGUAAUUGAACCGUGAGACCGUACGCACGUGUUUUAAUUUGUCGGUAUUUUAACUAUACGCUUUCGAGACAGGCAAUUGGUGUGUUUUUUUUUAGUUUCUAAUCGCGCAUCCCAGUUUUAGUAACGUUUUCGGAUCUCAAAAAAGCUUGAGAAUUUUCAUGGCGCCCGAGCAGGGACUUAUGCGUGUAUUCGAAAAUUAAAAAUAAAAUAUAAAAUUAAAAACGACACAAAACCAUACCUGCGGUAUUAUUUUCGGUGCCAAUUGCCUGGACAAUGUUUUUUCGGUUUUCGGUCUUGUGUAGUGAAGAAAAGUGAAAAUUAAACACAUAAAAGAAACAUAAGACAAAACAUAAAACAAAGUUACAAAAACUUGAUACAAAAUACAUUUACAUUUACAUUUACAUUUAUUUAGUGCAGAUACAGUGCGCAAAGUGAACAAAAAAUUGAUAAAAUAACAAUUAGUGUGGUGCAGUGAUACCUAAAAAAAAAAAAAAAAAAAAAUUUAAAUACUUACCCAACUUUGCCUUCUUAAACCUACAAAACACAAAAAAAAAAAAAAAACAAGAAGUGCAUAUGUAUGUGCAAGUGACAAACAUACAAAGGAGUGAAAUAAAUAAAAAGUGGAAUUGUGAAAAGGCGCACAAGAAAAUUUUGUACAAAGGGUACAGUGAGUUCGACAAAAAAUCGUACCAAAGUGUUUAACCUGGUGAUUAACGAGAGGGCCGUCCUAAAGCGUUAAAAAAGAAAAAACAGUUUUUAAAAAACAAAAAAGCCGGUGGAAAACCCCGUUAAAAAAAAAAAAAAAACUGUUUCAAGUGCCGCGUUAUAUAUACCGGUAAAAGCAAAGUGCCGGUAUAAACACCCGUUGUUGCCAUACCGCCACUGCUGAAAGCGCUGCUGCCAUCAACGCUGCUGCCAUCAACGCUGCUGCCAUUAACACUGCUGCCAUCAACGCCGCUGCCAUCAACACUGCUGCCAUCAACGCUGCUGCCAUCAACACUGCUGCCAUCAAUCCGCUGCCGUCGUGGGAAUGAGCUGCCGCUGCAUCCUGUGCCAAAGGGACGUAAGCGCCGGCAAACAGCCGACGCACCAGGUUCAUUGGACGCCGAGGAAUCCCGACGAAGAUAUUCAGCGACAACGCCACCAAUUUCGUCGGCGCCGAUCGCAAGCUGCGCGAAUUGAAGGAGGCGUUUCUGGCAAUGGGUCCAGAACUGAAGAGAUUCGCAGCAGACGAAGGGUGCAGCUUCAUCUUUAUACCACCGCGGGCGCCGCACUUCGGCGGAUUAUGGGAAGCCGCGGUGAAGUCCGCCAAACACCACAUCGUUCGGGUAACCGGCAGCGCGCUACUCACAGCAGAGGAGUUAGCAACAGUGUUGGCCGAAGUGGAGGCCAUCCUCAACUCUCGCCCCCUAGUACCUCUGAGCCAAGAUCCCAACGACGGCGAGGCGUUAACACCAGCGCAUCUAUUAAUAGGAUGCUCCCUGCGGGCAUUACCCCCAGAGAAGGUGCCAGUGGACCCAGUUCGUUGUUGCGAGAGAUGGCAACUUGUUUGCUGUCUCAAGCAACAGUUCUGGCGACAGUGGUCCAAAGUAUACCUGACGGGCCUUCAGGAGCGCAACAAGUGGCUGCACCCCAAACGCAAUAUGCAGCUCAACGACCUCGUUCUCGUCCACGAGGACAACGUGCCGCCGCAGCAGUGGGUACUAGGGCGCGUCGUCGCAACCGUCGAAGGGCAAGACGGCAAGGUGCGAGUCGCAGAAGUAGCAACCAAGACGGGCACGAUUAAGCGCCCCAUCCACAAACUGGCUGUCCUUCCACUGGAUAUUGAAGGAAUCUGAUCCUGUCAAGGUGGCCGGUGUUGCGUCAAGCGACAAGAUAUAUAUGUAUAUUUAAAUCUGAAAUUAAAAAUAAGAAAAAUGAAUUAUAAAAAAUUAUAAAAUAUUGAAUUAUUUAAAUUAUUGUAUACUUACCUUAAUUAUGCAUUCAUACUACUAAUCUACUACUUACCUUAAUACUUACCAUAAUCUAUUACACUAUUGAACGAAAAGUUGAAGAUGAUUAUAUUUACCCCUUUUUUAUACAUAUGAACAUUACCACUAGUUUAAGCCGUUAGUUUAAGAUUUAGGCUAAGCAACUAAAUGAACUUAAAUAAAGAAGCAAUUGUAAUUGAACCGUGAGACCGUA